AUGCAGUACGAAGUGGAGACAAUAUGGCCUGAUCUUGAGUCCGGACUUGACGACAUUUUUGGAGAACGUCGGAUUGAGCAGAAACGGUACAUGAAGCUUUACACUCAUGUAUACAAUCAUUACCAUAAAAAUGGACCUGAUUUCACUGAACUUUAUCAACGUCUUAAGAAUUAUCUUGAACGCACCGUGACUGAAGCUCUUCAGGAAGGAAACGAAAAACAUGGCGAAGAACUGGUUCGCUUCUACGCGGAGAAAUGGGAGAAAUUCCCUUUCUAUUUCAAAGCCACUGAUGGCAUGUUUGCUUAUCUGAACAAACAUUGGAUCAAGCGCCAAAUUGAGGAUAAACGUGAGCCCAUCUUCUACGUUAAGACGCUUGGACUUGUUACUUGGCGAGAUGUUUUGCUAAGCGAACUGGAUGCUAGACUCAUGCAAGGUGUUAUGGAUUUGAUUCGCCAAGAGCGCGAUGGACAAAUUAUUGAUCGAUCACUCAUCCGGGCUGUGGUUGAAUCUUAUGUUGAUUUGGGUAUUGAUGAAGACGGAAGCUAUUCCACGGGCCAUACUUUUGAGAAACCAGUUGACCUAAAGUUCUACCAACAAAGGUUCGAGAAGCGCUUCUUGGGAGAAACGGAGAACUACUACACCACCGAAGCAGAAGCUUUCCGUCGACAAAAUCCAUUCACCGAAUACAUGAAGAAGAUUGAAAAACGCUUGAACGAGGAAGUAGAAAGAUGCAACUCCUAUCUUCAGGCGUUCACGCUUAAGCCGCUUAUUCAAAUCUGUGGAAAGGUUUUGAUCCCGGGAAAGAUUGAACUUUUACAACGCUAUUUUGAAUCAUUCCUUGAACAGGAACGAGAUGAUGGUAUUGAUGAAGACGCAAGCUCCACAGGCCGUCCCGUUGAGAAACCUGAUCUGAAGAAUAUCCUUCAACAAAAUCUAUUCACCAAAUACAUGAAAAAGAUUGAAAAACGAUUGGACGAGGAUCUUCAGACAUCCAGGCUUCAGCGGCUUUCCCAAAUCUGUGAAAUGGUUUUCGUCCUGAGAAAGAUUGAACUUUUCCAACGCGAUUUUGGACCAUUGCUUGAACAAGAACGAGAUGAUGAUCUUGCCAGAAUUUAUCAGCUAUGUGGCCGUAUUGAGCAAGGACUUGAGGAACUGAAGCUGGCUCUUGAGCGUCACAUUACGCGACAAGGACAGAAUGCCAUUGAUGAAAUAGCCAAGAAAUCACCAAAUGAUCCACGUGAAUUCAUGCGAGGAAUUUUGGAAGUUCAUAUGCGCUACAAAGGACUCGUGUCAAAGUCAUUUCGAGAUGAAGCUGGCUUUAAAGAAGCACUUGACAAGGCUUCUUCCCACUUCAUCAACAAAAAUGCUAUCACUAAGAUUGCCGGAAAUAGUUCUUCGAAGGUUCCCGAACUUAUUGCCAGAUAUUGCGAUCUGUUGCUUAGGAAAUCCAAAGAUAACAUUGGAGAAGCCGAAACGGAGGAACAGUUGCAGAAUGUUAUCGCGGUCUUCAAAUAUAUCGAGGAUAAAGAUGUCUUUCAGCAAUUUUACACAAAGAUGCUCUCCAAACGGCUCAUUGGUGGACUCAGUGCUUCAGACACAGCUGAAUCCCAAAUGAUCUCAAAAUUGAAGCAAAUGUGCGGCAUCGAAUACACCAACAAGCUUCAACGAAUGUUUACGGAUACAGAGCUUAGCAAGAUUAUUACGGAGAAUUUCCGCAAAAAUUGUCAAGAGAAGGACGUUGCACUCGGGUUGGACUUUACUAUCAUGGUUCUCGGAUAUUCCUCGUGGCCAAGCAUGCCACAACUUCAAAUGCAGAUGCCGUUGAAAUUGUCUGAAACUAUUGAACACUUCAAGAAUUACUACAAUACUCAACACAAUGGGCGCAAAUUGAGCUGGAUCUAUUCACAAUCACGAGGCGAGCUUUCCAGCACCGGUUUCCAGAAGAAAUAUGGUUUUCAAGCAUGGACAGCUCAAAUGGCUGUUUUGAUGCUCUAUAAUGAGGCUCCGAAACAGGCUUUGAAUCUCAAAGAGAUGAUGUUACAAUUGAACAUGCCCAAGGACCAACUCGUCCCUGUCGUUGGAUCGCUUUUUAAGAACGAUCUUUUGAAGUGUGGUGAUGUAGCGGCCGGUACAGAAGUUGAGAACGAGAUUGCUGAUACCGCUGUCUUCGCGCUUAAUCCAAACUUCCAGAGCAAGAAGAUCAAAGUGGAUUUGACAAGAACUCAAAUGCGCUCUGAAGUGAAGAAAGAGGCAGAGAAAGACAAGCAAUAUAUUGACGAGGACCGACCACUCGUCACUGAGGCUUGCAUUGUUCGAAUCAUGAAGACUCGUAAGCGACUUGCUCACAAUGAAUUGAUCUCCGAGGUUCUUCAACAGCUCUCCACUCGAUUCACUCCAAACGUGAUGAAGGUGCGUACGUCGAUUGAGGGUCUCAUGGAGCGUCUUUUCCUCAAACGGGCCGAGGAUGCGAUGAAUGUUUAUGAGUACAUUGCC